AUGAUGCCAAAGUUAAAGCUACGACCAAAUACAGAGAAUCUGAAUGAGAAUGACUACUUCUAUUUCCUUGUUGAGCUGACCUCGGGUCAGGCUCGCGAUUGCGCCGGCGAGCUUGAGAGCCGCAUGGCCGACGAUUUGGACAAAUGGAAUGAGGCGCGCCUCCGCGCAUUUGAGCGCGAGCUCGUCGAAUAUGAGCGUGACAAAGAGAGGCAUGAUGCGCUUGGAGCGACCGAGCGCGCAGCCGCGACUGCGCCGGUCAAGGCGCAGAAACCAGCGGUCCUCGAAGUAUAUGACGACCCGGUUGGCCAUUUCUGGGCCAUGAUCAAGGACCUCUUUCCAGAGAAGUCCACUGCGCAAAUAAACGAGUUCAAUAACUUCCGCAUGCAGACGAAUGAGAGCAUGUCGAGCCUCACUCAGAGGAUGAAGACGCUCAUGACUGUCUUACAGGGACCAGAGGGCAUGGCCGCCCAGAAGCUGCUCGAUGCAAUUGAGCCGAAGCAGUUUCGCGGUGAAAUUCGGAGAAUUGUAUGGGCUGAGGAUACUGGUGACGACGACCUGACAGUCGACCAGAUUAGCAAGGCCAACGCAGCUGCAGAGUCACAGCGCGGCGGCUCAGCGAAGGCUAAGAGCAAGUUUUACAAAUGCGGAGAAUUCGGCCACUGGGCUUCUCACUGCGCAAUAAAGCGCGCCAAGCGGCAGGUGCCCGGCGCGUUGAAGAAGUGGUGCAAGCAUCACAACUCCAGUACCCAUGACACGGCCGAAUGCAAGGCCCUACAGCACGGGGCGCCAUCAGCGCCGCCCCUUGCGAACGCUCGCGCCGCGCAGGCCCCGGCCGCUCAGAAGAACGAGCCCAGGGAUCCGGCCGAGCCCACACUUGAGGAGCUUCAGGAGCUCUGGGACGCCCACUAUGGACGCGUCACAGGAUACGGCGCCUGCGUGAUGUCAGCGCGCGCCGCAACCAGAACGGGCAAGCAGCAGCCAGUUAGUAGGCCAACAGCCUCACGCCAGGCCGCACCUAAGCUGCACAGUGGCCCCACACGACACUGGGCCCCUAAGAACGAACGACGUCGCGGCCGUCUCGCUGACAUGCCGCUGGGCUUUCUGCCCAAGGACUUUAUUCGAACUUCCAGUCCGACCAGACCCGAGCCUGCCGAGCCAGCCGAAGCUGAGCAGCGCGCAGAGCCGGAUUCCGCCCAGACGGCCGCGCCGGAGGUUGCCGCGCUGGCUAAACAAAAGCAGAAAGAGACUGCACCAGAAGACGCUGCUAAGAGCGCAGCCCAGGGGACAACCAGAACACGGAUUCUGCCUCAGGGCCUUCAGGAGCUGCCGUCGGACGAUCCACGCCGACAGGGAGUCAUUUACGGGCCGACUGCCCCAGUGGACACUGCGCCCGCGCUGCAAGAAGCCGACCAGGCACCAGCUGCCUUAGGUUCGCCCCCAGAGCCGGCUGCAGACAACAUUGACGAUCCAGAGAACCCCCGAAUUGGCGCUCCUAGGGAAGCUGCCAGGGGCGUACCACAGUGA